ACCAAUUCUAACCUAACUGUAAAUUUUGAAACGAAAAUGGCAGUCUGAGAACAUUUUGACACGUUUCAUCAUUUAUUUAAUUUCGUUAGCUAAAUUCCCAAAAUGGGUCAAAAAUUCCAAUACGAUGAAAGCGGUGGAACGUUCUUUUACUUCCUGUUGUCAUUUUUAGCCCUUAUUUUGAUUCCAGCAACCUUCUAUUAUUGGCCGAAGAAGAAGAAAAAGGAUCCUAAAGAGGAUGGUAAGGAAUGCACUUGUCCAGGGUGUUUGAGCAAAAGAGAAUAUAUGAAACGGGAGGAUCCUUGGAAACAAACAAGACAAUUUUUUGUCAAGGCCAUCAUUGUCUCAGGAUGGCUGUUACUGUUUUUCCUAGCAUAUAAGGUAUCACAAUUUGACUAUGAAAUGGCCAACUUUGACCCGUACGAGAUUCUGGGGAUCUCAAUGGGCUCAAGCCAAGCUGAAAUCAAAAAAGCAUACAGGAGGCUGUCCCUCAUCCUUCAUCCAGACAAAGACACUGGUAAUGAAAAGGAAUUCAUGAAACUGUCGAAGGCCUACCAGGCUCUGACAGACGAAGAAGCAAGGAAGAAUUGGGAGAAGUAUGGGAACCCGGACGGACCGGGGGCGAUGAGUUUCGGGAUUGCACUGCCUUCAUGGAUUGUGGAAAAGGAGAACAGUGUCUGGGUGUUGGGACUGUAUGCAUUGGUUUUCAUGGUGGCCUUGCCCAUUGUGGUUGGUACUUGGUGGUACAGAAGCAUUAAAUUCACUGGAGAUCAAGUAUUGCUGGACACUACCCAAUUGUAUUUUUAUUUCUUCAACAAAACCCCAAACAUGGCUUUGAAGAGGGUCAUCAUGAUACUAGCUGCCAGUUUGGAGUUUGACAAAAAGAGGAAUUCUGAAAUUGUCGAACGAGAGACUGACAACUACGAAAUACCGACGCUGAUCAAGCAACUACCCAAUUUAGGAGAAAAAAACAAAGAACGCCCCCUAUGUUACUUGUACAGUAUAAAGGCAAGGGCAAUAAUCCACGCACACCUUAGUAGAAUACCGUUGAACCAAAAAACGCUGGAGUUAGAUAGGCAGUAUAUAAUCAGGAAAUGUCCGUAUUUGAUAUAUGAGCAAGUCAGCUGUGUCAAUCAGUUGAUCAUGCUGGCAUAUGCAAGAAGAAUUAUGAAACUACCAAGACUCCAAACGAUCGAAAAUUGUAUGAAGCUCUGUCCAAUGAUAGUGCAGGCGUUGUGGGAGUUCAAAUCGCCUUUACUCCAGCUACCCUAUAUAGGUGAUGAUAACUUGAAGUACUUCAAUUCGAAAAAGAGACAAAUCAAAAGCUUGGAACAGUUCGCGCAACUCAAGGCUGACGAGAGAAGGAAUAUGUUAAGGGAUCUAGGAGACGACGAGUAUGAAAAUAUUAUGAAGGUACUAGCUAGGAUGCCUGUUGUUGACAUGCAGACACAGGUGGAAGUAAUGGAUGACGAAAACCCCAAAGAAGUUACAGCCAAAGCGAUAGUGACGGUAACGGUUACACUGACAAGGAAAGACAUGAGCACCUUGUUUGGUGAUGAAACCGCCAAAAUAGCAACUCGUAUUAACGAAAACGGCACUGAAGACACCAAAGAAUCCGGAGCUGGGGAACCUGCGAACGAAGCCGCGGCCAAUAAAAGGCCUGCGUGGUUGAAGCAACAGAAGAAAAGCGGUAAAAAGACCAAGAGCAAAGGUAAGCCCUCAGGGGAAAAUCAGCAACGGCGAAUUCCGUCGCGUCCCAUAAACCAAAGGUGGACGAAUCACCGAAUCCGGCCGGUGACAAAAAGAAAGAAAAGUCUUCCAAAAGGGAAGAGAAAGAAGAUGAAGAUAGCGACUCGGAAGAGGACAGUGUGGCUGGCAGCGAUGUGGAGGAAGACAAGUCUUCCGACGAGGACGAUAGGAAAUCUAAUCCAGAAGAUGAUGAUCAGGAAUGGGAGAAGUUCCAGAAAAUCCAUGAAAGGGAAAAAUCCCUUGAAGGAAAAUCAAAAUCGUCCCAUCCAGUCCAUUGUCCAUAUUUCCCGCAUGAUAAACAAGAGUAUUGGUGGGUUUAUAUUUGUGAUAGAAGAUCUAGGACACUUUUGACGCAUCCUUACCAUGUUACUAGUUUAGUAGAAAAAGAGGCGAUUCAUCUUAAGUUUACGGCGCCAAAGUGGCCCGGCAUCUACACGUUCACCGUGUGCCUCCGUUCCGACUCGUACCUGGGCUUCGACCAACAGAAGGACAUCAAAUUGGACGUGAAGGAGCCGCCGCCGGAGGUGACGGAACACCCGCAAUGGGAGUUCGAGGACUCCGAAGAGGAAGCGGGUCCCGCCGACGGGGAGGGCCACG